CGGCGCCGGUGGAGGGAGUCAUUCCUGCAGCAGUGCUUCCGGUCGGCAUUUUGUUCUGCGAGAGAGAGAGUGAGUCUGUGUGGAUUCUUUUAUGAGCGCCCAGGAGCCUUUAGGAACCGAAUCUUUUCUGCCAUCGUCCGGAGUAAAGUGCGAGCUUCCGCGGGCGCCUACGAGAGGAAUGACCGCCGCCCGUCCGUCUUCAUGUUCGCAGUGAGAGGAAGCGGUGCGACCCGGAUUAUUGUUGUGAGAGGGACACAGCGAGCCCGAACCCCUCCACCUUCAGCUUUCAACAACAGAGCCUCAGCAAAAGAUGUAAAGGUGGAUCAGUGAGCAGCGACACUGAGCGACCUGUGCAUCCACGCGAGCUCCCUGCCCUUCUUCAGCAUGAAUGGGGAUAUGCCUCAUGUUCCUAUCACCACUCUCGCUGGGAUCGCAAGCCUCACCGACCUGUUAAAUCAGCUGCCUCUCCCCUCCCCUUUACCUGCCACCACCACUAAGAGCCUGCUUUAUAAUGGGAGGAUCGCCGAGGAGGUCAGCUGUCUGCUUUCCCGGCGGGACGACACUCUCGUGUCCCAGCUGGCUCACAGCCUCAACCAGGUGUCCACUGAGCACAUAGAGCUGAAGGACAACUUGGGCAGUGAUGACCCGGAAGGAGAUGUGCCUCUACUGCUACAGACGGUGCUGUCCAGGAACCCCAAUAUCUUCAGGGAGAAAAGUACGCCCACCCGAUAUGGGGUUCAGGGCGGUUUAAUGCAACAGCCAAUGAUACCACCGUACAAGAUGCCUCCGAAUUCCAUGCAUGGAAGUCCGGCGCCAAACUACCAGCAAACCACUAUCACUCCAAGCCCUCCCAGCCGAUAUGUUCAACCUCAGGCGGGUUCUGGUACCAGGUACAUUCCCCAGCAGAACAGCCCAGUGCCCAGCCCAUAUGCACCACAGAGCCCUGCAGGCUACAUGCAGUACAGCCACCCACCCAGCUACCCUCAGCACCAACAGAUCCAGCAAGUGUCCGUAUCCAGUCCAAUAGUUCCUAGUGGCAUGAGAAACAUCCAUGACAACAAGGUCUCUGGUCAAGUGUCGGGCAACUCUAACCACAAUGCGAGGCAUUGCUCCAAUGACGAGUACAUCAGCAUCGUCCAGAGACUCGGAAAUGAAGAAAGUGACCCCGCUUUGAGAAAUGCCUCCUUUUCUGUACGCUCCGUCUGCUCUCCUGCUGAAAGUGAAGGGACUCCGAAAGUUGGAUCUCGGCCGCCCUUGAUUCUUCAGUCUCCUCCACCCUACACCUCUCCAAGAGAUGCAGCUCCUGACCUCCUGUUGGACUCGCCUGAACGGAAAAAGAAGCAGAAAAAGUUAAUGAAAGAGGAGGGGGGGAAAGGUGCCAUGUAUGACAUUGUCAGCUCGCCCACUAAAGACUCCACAAAGCUAACGAUAAAGUUGUCUCGAGUGAAGUCAUCUGAGACGGAGCAGUCAGCUGAGCCGUUGUCUGCGCUAGAGCAUGGCUCAGAUGCUGAGAAUGAGCUAUCGUGCAAUAGCUUACCAUACCAUCGGAACCCCCAGGAGCGGCUCUCUGCUGGCCAGUGUCUUUCGGGGGAGCAGUCGGCCUACCAGCAGGUUCCUGUAUUACAGAACACUGGGGCACUUGCAGCCAAGCAACCUGGGGUCGUUAGUGGAACCCCCUACGACGAGGCAGAGCUGGACGCUCUUGCUGAGAUCGAAAGGAUUGAGAGGGAAUCCGCUAUAGAACGAGAACGCUGCUCUAAGGAAGUUCAAGAUAAAGAUAAACCUCUGAAGAAGAGAAAGCAGGAUUCAGGAGCUGCUGGCGCCGCGGGAGCUUCUGGAACACCUGGCGUGGGUGGUGGAUGCAAUGCUGGGAACAAAUUGGUACCUCAAGAGGCUUGUGCUGCUAGCAAUGGAGCCAGUCGGCCAGCCUUGAUGGUCAGUAUUGACCUGCAACAGGCAGGCAGGGUUGAAGGGCCAGUGGACUCCUGUCCUGUCCCUGCAACAGAGGCCCAGCGCUGGCCAGAGGAAAGCUCUGAAUCCACCGGGGUCUUGAGGCUCAAAUUGAAAACAGAAGGAGAGGUGCAGAAGACACUAGACGGUCGGCCAGAGGUCAUCAAGCAACGAGUGGAAACCACUCCACAGAAAACCGCUUCAGAUGGACGACCAGAGACUCCUAAACACAAGCAUGAGAACCGCCGGGACAUCUCAAACAAAGUGAGUUCGGAAAAGAGAUCGGAUCUCUCCAAGCACAGACAUGACGGUAAACCUGACAAAGUAAGGCCUGAGGGAAAAGGUCACGAAACUUCCCGAAAACACGAAGGACGAUUGGAGUCAACUCGAGAGGGCAAAGAGGAAAGGCAUAGAGAUCGAGACAGUGAAAGUUCUAAAGUCCGUCGACCAGACACAUCUAAGUCCAACCGGGUAGAGCACAACCGAGACAGGGAUCAGGAGAAGGAUCUGGACAAGGAGCAGGAAAAAGAUGGGGACAAAGAGUGGGAGAAAGAUCGAGACAAGGAGGUGGAAAAAGAUCAGGACAAGGUGCUGGAGAAAGAUCGGGAUAAGGAUCGAGAGAAAGUGCGGAACAAGGUGCGGGAGAAAGAUCGGAACAAGGAGCUGGAGAAAGAUCGGAACAAGGAGCUGGAGAAAGAUCGGAACAAGGAGCUGGAGAAAGAUCGGAACAAGGAGCUGGAGAAAGAUCGGAACAAGGAGCUGGAGAAAGAUCGGACCAAGGAGCUGGAGAAAGAUCGGACCAAGGAGCUGGAAAAAGAUCGAGACAAGGAUCUGGAGAAAGAUCGGGACAAGGAGCGAGAAAAAGAUCGGGACAAGGAGCGAGAAAAAGAUCGGGACAAGGAGCGAGAAAAAGAUCGGGACAAGGAGCGAGAAAAAGAUCGGGACAAGGAGCGAGAAAAAGAUCGGGACAAGGAGCGAGAAAAAGAUCGGGACAAGGAGCGAGAAAAAGUUCGGGACAAGGUGCGUGAGAAAGAUCGGGACAAGGUGCGGGUGAAAGACCGGGACAAGGUGCGGGUGAAAGACCGGGACAAGGUGCGGGAGAAAGAUCGGGACAAGGUGCGGGAUAAAGAUCGGGACAAGGUGCGGGUGAAAGAUCGGGACAGGGAACGGGAGAAAGAUCAGGACAAGGAACGUGUGAAAGAUCGGGACAGGGAACGGGAGAAAGAUCAGGACAAGGAACUGGAGAAAGAUCGGGACAAGGAACGGGAGAAAGAUCGGGAAAGGGUUCGGGACAGGGAUCAAGACCAAGAAAAGAAAUCAACAGAGCACCGAGACAAACGUUCCCCUGAGCAGCGCUCGCGCCCUGACAGCCCUCGAGUGAAGCAAGAACCCCGUAUGGGAGCAGAAUCCAGAUCAAAACCUGAGCGGUCAGUCCACAAAACUUCCAACAACAAAGAUGAGAAACGGAACGGCGACAACAAGAACCGACUCGAUGGACACAAGCCUCCAUCCUCAGACAGUAAAACCGCAGAAUUUCCCAACUACCUACUGGGUGGCAAAUCGGGUGCAUUAAAGAAUUUUGUCAUUCCCAAGUUAAAACGGGACAAAGAUGGUAAUAUCAUGCAGGAAGUGCGAAGAGAGCUGUUUUCUGAGCCAUGUGUGAAAUUAGAAAAAUUGGACCUGGUGGAGGACCUCAAUAAGGGUGUUAAACCUGUUGUGGUUCUGAAGAAACUUUCCAUUGAUGAAGUCCAGAAGUUGAUCAGUAAUUCGCGCAGCUCUAAGUCAAGCAAGAGCAAGUCGUCUUAUGGCAAAUCAUUCGGAGAAAUGGAUUCCCGUAUGCCACUGUGUGAGAGGGUGAAAAUGAAUAAACGCAGACGCAGCGCCACUAAUGAGAAGCCCAAGUAUGCCGAAGUCAGCUCAGAUGAUGACAGCAGCUCUGUAGAACUGGCCCCAAAGCGGUCAAAAAAGGACAGAGACAGAACGUGGGAAUGUGAAGAAAAGGACCGGAGGGGUUCCGGAGAGCACCGACGGAGUGCCGGUCAUCACGACAGUCGGAGAGGUUCAGGCAGUCGUUACAGAGAAUGCAGCCCUGUGGACUCGGAAGAAGAUUCACCCCCUCCCAGCCUGAGUGACCUCGCCAGAAAGUUGAAGAAGGAAAAGCAGAAAAAGAGGAAAUCCUACGAGCCCAAACUGACUCAGGACGAAAUGAUGGACUCCUCCACAUUUAAGAGAUUUUCCACCAGUGUUGACAACAUUCUUGAAAACCUUGAAGAUGUGGACUUGACAUCAUUAGAUGAUGACGAGAUUCCUCAGGAACUGCUGCUCGGAAAACACCAGCUCACAGAGUUAAGCAGUGAAUCAGCCAAAAUAAAGGCCAUGGGCAUCAUGCAUAAGAUACCAUCUGAUAAGAUGGUGAAAGUCCAGAGUAUUUUGGAAAAAAACAUUCAGGAUGGUGCGAAGCUCUCCACCCUCAUGAAUCAUGGCAACGACAGGGACGACGAGGAGCGUUUGUGGCGUGACCUCAUCAUGGAACGUGUCACCAAAUCUGCUGAUGCUUGUCUAACGGCUCUUAACGUCAUGACCUCAGCACGAAUGCCGAAGGCCGUUUACAUUGAGGAUGUUAUUGAGAGGGUCGUGCAGUACACCAAGUUCCAUCUACAGAACACGCUGUACCCACAGUAUGACCCCGUCUACAGGGUGAACCCUCAUGGCGGUGGAACACUAAGCUCAAAAGCCAAGCGAGCAAAGUGCUCAACGCACAAGCAGAGAGUUACUAUCAUGCUCUACAACAAAGUUUGUGAUGUUAUCAGUAACCUGUCUGAACUCCUGGAGAUUCAGUUGUUGACUGACACGACCAUCCUUCAGAUCUCGUCUCUGGGUAUCACUCCAUUCUUUGUUGAGAAUGUGAGUGAACUGCAGCUUUGUGCCAUUAAACUAGUGACGGCUGUGUUCUCUAGAUACGAGAAGCACAGGCAGCUGAUCCUGGAGGAGAUCUUUACCUCACUCGCCAGACUGCCAACCAGCAAGAGAAACUUAAGAAAUUUCAGACUGAAUAGCAGUGAUGUGGAUGGGGAGCCCAUGUACAUUCAAAUGGUGACGGCUUUGGUUCUGCAGCUCAUUCAGUGUGUGGUCCAUCUGCCGUCUGAUAAGGACUCGGAUGAUGAUAAUGACAGAAAGGUUGAUCAGGAUGUACUGAUCACAAAUUCAUAUGAGACUGCAAUGAGGACAGCACAAAACUUCCUCUCCGUUUUCCUCAAAAAGUGUGGUAGUAAGCAAGGUGAGGACGACUACAGGCCACUCUUUGAGAACUUUGUUCAGGAUCUACUGUCCACGGUGAAUAAACCUGAUUGGCCGGCUGCAGAGCUGCUGCUAAGCCUUCUGGGAAGACUGCUGGUUCACCAGUUCAGUAAUAAGCAGACGGAAAUGGCUCUGAGAGUGGCCUCUUUGGAUUAUCUGGGCACAGUGGCCGCACGUCUUCGCAAAGAUGCUGUCACCAGCAAAAUGGACCAGCGUUCCAUCAACCGCAUCCUCGGAGAGAGCUCAGGCAGUGAUGAGAUUCAGCAGUUGCAGAAGGCUUUGCUGAAUUACCUGAACGAGAAUGUAGAGACUGACCCGUCACUAUUGUUUGCACGGAAGUUCUACAUCGCGCAGUGGUACAGGGAUACCAGCACUGAGACCGAGAAAGCCAUGAAAUCACAGAGCCACAGGGACGACGAUUCGUCCGAUGGGCCGCACCACGCCAGAGAUGUCGAGACCACUGGUGAGAUCUUGCAGAAAGCCGAAGCACGCAAGAAGUUCCUCCGGUCUGUUAUUAAGACCACGGCAUCAAAAUUCAGCUCACUGAGAGUCAACUCGGAUACUGUGGACUAUGAGGACUCGUGUCUUAUUGUGCGAUAUCUGGCCUCCAUGAGGCCGUUUGCACAGAGCUUUGAUAUUUAUCUCACACAGAUCUUGAGAGUUCUUGGUGAAAGUGCCAUAGCAGUGAGAACUAAAGCGAUGAAGUGUCUUUCUGAAGUGGUUGCGGUGGAUCCGAGCAUUCUGGCGCGGUCGGACAUGCAGCGGGGAGUUCAUGGCCGACUGAUGGAUAAUUCCACCAGUGUGAGAGAGGCUGCGGUGGAGCUGCUGGGGCGCUUCGUACUGAGUCGACCCCAGCUAACCGAACAGUAUUACGACAUGCUGAUCGAGCGCAUCCUGGACACUGGCAUCAGUGUGAGGAAGAGGGUUAUUAAAAUCCUGCGAGACAUCUGUCUGGAGCAGCCCACCUUCAACAAGAUCACAGAGAUGUGUGUAAAGAUGAUCAGGAGGGUCAAUGACGAAGAAGGCAUCAAGAAAUUGGUGAAUGAGACGUUUCAGAAGCUCUGGUUCACUCCUACACCUAAUCAUGAUAAAGAGGCCAUGACUCGCAAGAUUCUCAAUAUCACAGACGUGGUCGCUGCCUGCAGGGAUUCUGGUUACGACUGGUUCGAACAGCUGCUUCAGAAUUUGCUGAAGUCAGAGGAGGACGCCUCAUACAAACCGGCCAGGAAGGCUUGUGUUCAGCUGGUGGACAGUCUCGUGGACCAUAUUCUGAAAUACGAGGAGUCACUUGCUGACUGUGAGAAUAAGGGGUUGACGUCCAAUUGCCUAGUGGCUUGUAUUACCACGCUGUACCUGUUUAGCAAGAUCCGACCCCAGCUGAUGGUAAAACACGCCAUGACUAUGCAGCCGUACCUGACCACAAAGUGUAAUUCUCAGAGUGAUUUUAUGGUGAUCUGUAAUGUGGCUAAAAUCUUGGAGCUUGUUGUUCCUCUGAUGGAUCAUCCGAGUGAAAACUUUCUCACCACCAUGGAAGAAGACCUGAUGAAACUCAUCAUCAAAUACGGCAUGACGGUUGUUCAACACUGUGUGAGUUGUCUCGGUGCGGUCGUCAAUAAGGUCACCCAUAACUUCAAGUUUGUGUGGUCUUGUUUCAACCGAUACUAUGGAGCACUAAACAAGCUGAAGUUGCAGCAUCAGGAUGACUCAAACAGCACCGUACUAGCCUCUAAUAAACCUGCACUGCUGCGUUCACUCUUCACUGUGGGGGCCCUGUGCCGACACUUCGACUUCGACCAAGAGGAGUUCAAAGGCAGUAAUAAGGUGGUCAUAAAGGACAAAGUGCUGGAACUGCUGCUGUAUUUCACUAAGAACGAUGAUGAGGAGGUGCAGACCAAGGCCAUCAUUGGUCUAGGGUUCCUGUUCAUCCAGCACCCAGACCUAAUGUUUGCUUUGGAAGUGAAAAACCUCUAUAACCUCCUCCUGGCUGACAGGAAAACGUCUGUAAAUCUGAAGAUCCAGGUGCUAAAGAACUUGCAGACCUACUUGCAGGAGGAGGACUCGCGCAUGCAGGAAGCCGACAGGGAGUGGAAGAAGCUGUCCAAGCAGGAAGACCUGAAGGAGAUGGGUGACAUCUCUUCUGGCAUGAGCAGUUCUAUCAUGCAGCUCUACCUCAAGCAGGUGCUAGAGAGCUUUUUCCACACGCAAUCCAGCGUGCGGCACUUUGCCCUCAAUGUAAUCGCCCUGACGCUCAACCAAGGCCUCAUUCAUCCCGUACAGUGCGUUCCAUAUCUUAUCGCCAUGGGAACGGAUUUAGAACCCACAAUGAGGAAUAAAUCCGAUCAACAGCUGGUGGAAAUUGACAAGAAAUACACGGGAUUCAUUCACAUGAAGGCUGUGGCGGGGAUGAAGAUGUCCUAUCAGGUGCAGCAAGCCAUCGUGGGUUCAAAGGACACGGUAAUCAGGGGUUUCCGACUGGAUGAGACCAACGCUGCUCUUUGCUCCCACCUCUACACCAUGGUGCGCGGAAACAGGCAACACCGCAGGGCUUUCCUCAUCUCGCUGCUCAACCUGUUUGACGACAAUGCAAAGUCGGACGUGAACAUGCUGUUGUUUAUCGCAGACAAUCUCGCCUGCUUCCCCUAUCAGAGUCAGGAAGAGCCGCUGUUCAUUAUGCACCAUGUAGACAUCACACUGUCUGUGUCCGGCAGCAACCUGCUGCAGUCUUUCAAAGAGUCUUUGCUGAAAGAGCCAAGACCACGGGAAAAGAAGGAAAAGAAGAAAAAGAGAGGGAAAAAAUAUGGCUCUGAAGAAGAGGAUGAGAGUAGCAGGGAAAGCAGCAGUGAUAGCAGUGAUGACGAUGUCAUUCGUCGGCCCAAGAAACCCAAGCGAGCUGCUGCAGUGAACUCAGACUCUGAUUCAGACCUCGACUUAGAGGAUGUGGACAAGGUGAUGCUGCGUCUUCCUGACAAUCCCAAUCCCUUAUUGGACUUUGCCAAUGCCUCUCAGGGCAUCCUGCUGCUCCUGAUGCUCAAGCAGCACCUUAAGAACCUCUACGGCUUCUCUGACAGUAAAAUUCUGAAGUACUCGCCUACAGAAUCUGCAAAAGUGUAUGACAAGGCUGUAAACAGGAAGGCCAAUGUGCAUUUCAACCCACGGCAGACAUUGGACUACCUGACGAACAGCCUGUCCAAUGCAGAUCUAACUUACGAUGUCAAGAGGAGAGUCGUCAGACAAUAUUUAGAUUUUAAAGUACUGAUGGAACACUUGGACCCAGAUGAGGAAGAGGAGGAGGGUGAGGCUUCAGCCCACGCAAGAAAUAAAGCCAUCACUUCUCUACUAGGAGGCUCCAGCCCCAAGAAUAAUGCUGCUGACUCGUACGAUGACGACAGUGAUGCGGACGAAAAGGCUCCUGGGUCAUCACGGAAAUCCAGGAGAGGCGGAGAUUCCGCAGAGGCAUCAGGUCACAUGAACUCAACGGUAAACGCCAAGGACGUCAUCGCUAUCUGCUGCCCCAAGUAUAAGGACCGGCCGCAGAUAGCACGUGUUAUUCAGAAGACAAGCACAGGCUACAGCAUUCGCUGGAUGGCCGGAUCGUACUCUGGUACCUGGGCGGAGGCCAAGAAACGUGACGGACGUAAACUGGUGCCUUGGGUGGACACUAUAAAGGAGUCUGACAUUAUUUACAAGAAAAUUGCCUUGACGAGCGCACACAAACUGACCAACAAAGUAGUGCAGACUUUACGUUCACUGUACGCAGCCAAGGAAGGAACUUCCAGCUAAUUAAAUCUGUAAUAACUCCCGAACUGUUGCACCCAACAAACUCUCAGCAGCCAAACUUCAUCAGGAUUCAACGUUUUGUAAACUUAAGUUGGAGAGAAAAGUACUACAGACUCACAGGUUUUAAGAUCCAGUGCGGAACUGGUCGAAUUAAGGACCGACGGUUUUGAAAGGGUGGUCUGUUUUGGAAAAUGUAGAUGUGAAUCCUGUACAUCUUUAAGUUAAACGGAAAAGAAAGAAAUGGAGCUCCUUCGCUGUUCUGCAGCAACUUGGUUGUUUGAAUUUUUCCCCCCCUCCACUGUAUCAUAGUUUAACACAAAACAGAAACAAAAAAUGUUUAUAUCUCUGACAAAAAAAAAUCUGUUUAAAGAAAUAAACCUAAAGUGAAUGUUGGAAAUUAGUCUGUUGAUGUUCUUAAUAAAGUGACCUUGGAGUUUAACCUAGCACCGGAUGGAUUUCUUUAGCUUAGCUCCGUUUCCAGGGAAAUAAACUUUUAAACAUCUCCUCUGCUUUAUGUUUUACUUCUUUUGUGCUGUAAAAUGGAGUUUCCUGGACAUAAUUUAUUGAGUUAAAGCAGAGCAUGCAGUAUCUGUUGCCGACAUGGAAGGGAGUUUUUUUUGUAAAUCUAGAUUUUGAUGUAUUGGGUCAGAGUUUGGGUCUCUACACCCCACAGCGGGACAAGGGAACCCCAGCAUGUGUGGAGGAGCAAAUACUGCAAUAAAUUUUUUACUUCUCUUUGUUA